UUGUAAGGCGCACUUGCUCCCGAGCAUCACCUUUGUGGGAAAAUAUCGCUGAGUAGUCCUCUCGCUUCAAUUACGCGUCGUGAAAUAACAGCGUACAGCGCUUACCAUGACGUCGCGAUUUGCGAGCGUCGUCGCUUUGUGCGUCCUGCUGAGCGACGCGAGUAAACUCUAUGCUGGAGCGCAGCCCGCAUCCUGGAAUGAAAUUGAGGAGAAUUCCGUGGAGAGGAAGACAAAGGAGCUGCAUGAAUCCAUCGAAUUCCUGACGCGUUCGAUUGGAUUCGACGACGCUCAGUCGGCUCAGCUCACUCGUGCCCAAGUCUCAGAGCACCUAAUACCGGCCUUAUUAGCCAGAUUCGUCGUUAAUCAAGCUGAUUGGGGAGCCGUAGCGACGAUAAGCACAAGGAAGGAUGUUGAAAGCUUUCCCGUUGCAAAUUUGAUCUCCAUCGCCGACGGGCCUGUUGGAAACGGUACUGGAAUACCGUACAUGUACCUCACUCCUCUCGACUUCACCGCUCAAGAUCUUGCUAAAGAUCAUCGUGCGACUAUCCUGUUGUCUUUGGCUCAAGGUAGUUAUUGCAAGGAUAAAGGAUACGAUCCUAUGGACCCACGAUGCGUUAGAGUGAUGCUAACUGGAAAGAUUGUAGGGCUGAAAAACAAUACUAAGGAGCACGAUGUCGCGAAGCAAUUAUUCUUCGGCCGUCACCCGAAGCUGGAGAACAUGCCCGCAAACCACAAAUUCUUUUUCGCUGAGUUGAAGAUGACGGCCAUCGCCCUGCUUCACACCUUCGGUGGACCAACAUACAUUCCUGUCGAGGAUUACUUGCACCCGCCGGUUGUCCGUGGAAUCUUUCCACGUCGUGGAAAAAUUACGUCGCCGUUUGUUUUCAAACCCGUUGUUUAAUAAGCGUAAUCUCUGUCAGAAUAAGAUUCUGAUAGUUCGAAUGCUCAAGGCUUGAUAUUCUCCGGGUCUCCUAGGAAAGAAAUUUUAAAAACUUACAUUUCUAUAUCCCUCAAGUGAUUUGCUAUUUUAAGAAUAGACAUAAGAAAACUAUGUAAACGACUGAAAAUUACAUAUUUUGAUAUUUGUAAUAAAUCAGCGCAUGUAGAUUAAUGAA